AUGCCUCGUUUGGGAAAGGAAGCCACACAAGACGAGCUUCUUUAUGAUGCUCGUUGGACCAAAGACGUGGACAACCUCUUCAUAGACCUUCUUGCCGAGGCACAUGUUGGUGGGGAAUGGAGACAGGGCAGACCAAGCCCUCAUGUAUUCCACUACUACCAUGGUGUAUUAGAUGCAGAUGUCGGUGCAACCUUUACUCUCAAAGAACUUGAGGAACGGUUCGAUUUUCUUCACAAGCGGCUCCGUGUUUUUAGUUGGAUGCUACAAAAACACGGGUUGCGUCAUUGUGUUGAAGCCAAAUUUCUCUUGCUAUGUGUUGAAGCCAAAUUUCGAGGGGCCUCUGUUGUUCUUUGUGUUUUACUGACUGAGUCCGACCCAUUCUCGGUGGCAUACCAACAUUCCGGGGACCCGCGUUGGGCGGACAUACGAUAUUUGUUCACAGAGGUGUACGAAGCCACAUCAAAUGCACCAUUGGUCUUGGACCAAAAUUCCACCAACGAAUAUGAUGUGGCUUGGUUGACCGAACAGUCCUACGUCUUCUCGCUUUCUUCUAUCACUAAUGCAACAUUAAAUGGCUCAAUCGGAAACAACCUUUUACUUCCACCAAAUCCCCGAGAACGUGAUGCUUCCUCGGAAGGUUCAGUGAACACACACACACAUGUGAACAUUCUAAGGCGGGGGGGUGGAACACCGUUGCGUAUUCCCCGACCACCGCGUAAGCCGGCGCCAUCAUCAUGCAAAGGGUCUUCUAGUGAUCCACGGAACUGA